UGUACCUGCACGCAUCUUCUGUCCUAAGCAACCCUAUUUUUGUAGUCCUGAAAUGGCAGCUCCAGUCCCAGAGCUCCACUCCCAUGGUGGCCGCCCACUGCCCAGUCGGCGAGCGAGCUAAUGGAAUGGCCAUCACUGCCUCCAACUAACCACCUUUUCACUGCGCCCCACUGACCACUGCCAUACCUAUCACCAUGCACGCGCGAAUUAAGCUCCCCGUCCGUCACCUACAAAUCCCUGUCGCUGUCCCGGCCGUCGCCGUCGCCGUCGUCGCCAUCGCCCCCGCAGCAACUGUGCCGGUGUGCCACUUGCUGUCGGCCAGCUAGAGCUUGAGCUGAGUAGAGAGGGAGGGAGGGUUGGUGUUCAGUUCAGAGCAUGGACACCAUCGAGGAGUGCGGCGACGGAGACCGACACCUGCUCUCCGGCUCCAGGAUACUCGUCGGCGUGCCGGACAACUCCCGGGGCUGCUCCGAGCUCCUGUCGUGGGCCAUCGGCGCCGUCGCCAAGGCCAAUGACUCCGUCGUCGCCGUGCACGUCCUCGGAGGGAGGGAGAGGAAGAAGAGGCUGCAGAAGGCGAACGCCUUCGUCAUCUACAUGCUCGGCGAGUUCGUCGAAGCCUGCGAGGCCAAACAGAUUAAUUUGGAGGCUAAGGUGGUCUGCAGCUCAAAUAUUGGGAGAGCCCUGACCCAAGAAGCUGCACUGACUGAUGGAAACAUCCUUAUUGUUGGGAGAUCAAGAAAUGCAUACCAUAGGAGCCAUGUUGAGGUUGCAAACUACUGCUUCAUGCAUGCUCCAAAAAACUGCUCUGUGAUAGCUGUUGGAAGAGAAGGCCUACCACAAUGUAAUACCCGAUUGAAGUCUCGGUCAUUCGAUGCAGAGAGCAAUGUAUCCUCAAGCUCAACAUGGAGCAGAAGGUUCCCACCACUUCAGAAGCUACUCAGAUCAAACUCAAUGAGAAAACUGGCUCAAUCUAGUAAUGAAGGCGCCGAGGACAAGAGUUCACCAAGAGCGGUUCUUGAUGGUCCGGAGGAAAGGGAGCACCAAGUUACUGAAGAAUGCUACAGCACGUCUAGCCAUGAGGUGAGCCGGCGUGGCCAAAAUGGCCUAUGGAGGCGGUUGUCGGACAUGAAGCUCUGGCUUCCAUUCCUAAGGACAAUCGGCGAUGACAGCGCGAGGGCCAGCGAUGCUGGUUCGGCAUAUGCCGAAGAUCAGAAGCCUGCCUGGAGGUGCUUCAGCUUUCAGGAGAUUUCCGUGGCUACUAAUGACUUCAAUCCAGAUAACUUGGCGGGAAGAGGAGGCUAUGCAGAAGUAUACAAGGGCGUCCUAUCUGAUGGCCAACAUGUAGCUGUGAAGAGGCUGGCAAAAGGCACGCCCAGUGAACAGAAGGAGAAAGAGUUCCUGGCGGAACUAGGGAUUCAGGGACAUGUAUGCCACCCAAACACAUCAUAUCUUCUUGGAUGCUGCGUUGAGAAUGGACUAUACCUGAUAUUUGAAUUCUGCUCAAAUGGAACUCUAGCAUCGGCAUUGCACGGGAAGAGUGGUAAAACCCUUGAAUGGCCUUUGAGGUACAAGAUUGCGGUUGGUGUUGCGAGGGGCUUGCAAUAUCUGCAUAUGUUCUGCAGGCAUAGGAUCAUCCAUCGUGACAUCAAGGCCUCCAAUGUGCUUCUUGGUGAUGACUUUGAACCUCAGAUUUCAGACUUUGGACUAGCAAAGUGGCUCCCCAAGCAGUGGACUCAUCACUCUGUCAUACCUAUAGAAGGCACAUUUGGGUACUUGGCACCAGAAUAUUUCAUGCACGGCAUCGUUGAUGAGAAGACCGACAUAUUCGCUUUUGGUGUUCUGCUGCUGGAGAUUGUCACUGGAAGGAGACCUAUUGACUGCUCCAAACAAAGCCUUUUGCAGUGGGCAAAGCCACUCCUGGAGGCUGGGCAAGCGACUGAACUUGCCGACCCGAACCUAGGCGACGACUAUGACAAGGAUCAACUGAAGAGGAUGAUCGCUGUCGCAUCCCGCUGCAUUAUGCGACCGGCAAUGUGGCGGCCCUCAAUGGCCGAGGUUCUGCAUUUCCUGUCUACUGAUGAUUGUCUGAAGGAACCAGAGAAAUGGAACAUUCCCGAGGACGAGGUCGAUGACAUGGAUGACUGCACAUUGUUUUCUGAAUCAUGUUCCCCAUAAUUAAUAGCAGCAGCAGCAAGCCCCUCCCCCCCACCCCCAAAAUUUCAUUGUGUUUGCUAUCAGCAUGCCUUUCUUCUCAUGGUGCUUGUGCUAUUUCUUACGUUUCUUUUCACGUUUGGAGGGUUAGAUUUUUGGUAUUUAAUCAUGUAAAAUAGAAAGGAGAUUUUGGGAAUGUAUCCAGUGCUGGUCCGGCUUUGUCAGUUGAAUUAGAGUAUGGAUGAGCAUAAGAGAUUGUAUUUCCUAAUGUGCACAACAAUGGAACAUGUAACUGGACGCCACUGCCAAACCAGGAACUCUAUAAAUCAACACUAGAAUCACAACGAUUUUGAAUGCAAACACCCCUUAGGGCUGGUUUGGAAGCCAAGAAUCCCGCCGGGUUCCCCGCGUAUUCCCGGGGCUGGAAGCCCGCGCGGAAAUUAGCCCCGGGGUAAAUUAUUUGGUAAUUUGGGAGCGCAUCGGACGGGGAAGGUCAACCCGGCUCCCUGCGAUUUCCACGGGGCGGCUCCUCACGUUGCUUGCUGAUCUUCCAUGUCUCAGCUGUAGAUCGGUGUAUCUAGGGUUUGUACUCUCUCCUGAUUGCUAGCUCUUGUAGAUCCUAUCCUUGCUGAUCUCCAAGAUCCUCUCCAAUAUCCAAUCCUUGCUGUUCUCUGGGAACUAGUUAGAUGUAAACAGCUGCUUGGGUUGGCAUACUUGCAGUGGUUUGUGUUAAUGUUUAUGGAUUAAUGAAAUUGUAUCUGGAUUAAUGAACUCUGGGAACUGGUUUGUGCCUGUGUGUUUAUGUGAAACAGUAUGACAUAAGCAUUAAUCAGUGAUAUUAAUUUGCUAUUCAUUUCUUAUUUUCAAUUAUGCCAGUUCUAGCUUAAUUGCCUGAGAUAAAUUUGUUAGCUUUUGAGUUAAAGAUUUAGCACCAGUACCUUCUGUAUUUAUAGCACUUGUACUGGCUCUUUGUUUUGAUAUUAAGUUGUCAGAAAAUGAUCUACUGCUUCUUGUAAUUAGUUAUGGAUUUGCUUUUGGGACUAUACAAUUUCUGCACAAUUAUUAGACCGAUUGGACAUGAUCUAUUGUCAUAUGCUAAUUAUUAGACCAAUUUCUGCAUAAUAUAUGAUCUGCUGGCUAGGCAGCUUCAAAAUGAUGUAAAUGUGAGAUUUGAGAGAGAGAAAUUGCAUAAACUAUAUUUCAAGGCAAGCCAUUAAUUUUCUUUGCUUCAUGUCCUGCGGCAACUACGAGUAGUGCUAUAGAUGGCACUAUCUGAAACUAUUUACUCAUUUCUAUAUCUGUCAAGUGCUUGCAUACUUAGUUAUCGAGGAUUCUCCUCUGGAAACGGUUGUUGAGAUGAUUUUUUACUCAGAAGCGACUAAAGGUGAUGAUUCUCCUCUGUUCUCAUUUUGAUGCAGUGAUCCAGAUGCUCCAGGAGGAGAAACAGUUAUGAAGAAAAUGAAACCUGAGAACUUGCUUCUGCUAGGGCUGCAGCUUCUGUAGGAACUAUAAUGGUUUAGAACUUCAUGCAGAUGCUUCUGUAGGUUUGUGCUGACUCACUGUUAUUCUAUUCUGUUAAGGCUAGAACUUCAUGCAGAUGCUAUGAACUGUCCAUCCAUCCACUCUUGUUGUUCUUGUCUUUGCUUGCAUGCAUUCUGAUCCCUUGAUUCUUUCCAAUUAAUUUGUAGCUAGUGAGGCUCAGUCUUGCAUACCUCCAAGAUACAAAGUGCGGUCACUUUUUUUUUCCUGCUUAAAGAUUCAAUUUUGGAAGGAAAAAUUCAGGUUGUUAGAGAAGCAAAGGGCCAGGUUCCUGUAUUCCUCGACGGCGGCAUCCGCCGUGGCACUGACGUGUUCAAGGCCUUGGCACUAGGAGCCUCAGGAGUUUUUGUAUGUCCACUGCUCGUGCUCCAGCAUCUGAUCGAUCGAAUGACAAGACGCGCCUUGCUUGUUGUCUGCCAGAUUGGCUGAUCUAAUGAGGGGAUUCUCGAUGGACUGGCUGAUCUGCUUGGUUCUGUCAGUGCUUUCUCAAAUGUCCGAUCUGCAUUGUGCCAGAUCGGCUGAUCUAAUGAGGGGAUUCUCGAUGGACUGGCUGAUCUGCUUGGUUCUGUCAGUGCUUUCUCAAAUGUCCGAUCUGCAUUGCUGCUUUGGCAUCUUCAGGGUGUAGAAGUUAUGAGCUGGAGUCAAAUUUUGUAAUGUUGUUUAACUUGAUUAUCACUUUAUCUAUCGUGUAAUGCACUCCUGCAGUUGUUGGGUAAUGGAAUUAUUAUUUUAUUAUUUUUA